AGUGACCUCAACGUUCGUGUGUCACUACAAUGUACAUGUACAUCUACAUGUACAUGUAGUGUAGGCCUACAUGCAUAAUGCUCUGUUGCUGCGAGCAAGGCUGCAGGGUUUGAAAGCGUAUAGUACGCUGAGCAAUUGUGUCAUCAGCGAUCGGUGCCUAGCGCGAGCGGCGCGCGCUGAGUGGCCCGUCAGACAGAUAUAGCAAGGCGAGGCUGCAUAAUUUUGCCUCUCCGGAACCCGUGCGUGUGUGACGUAUCCUCCGUUUGGAGAGUGAACGUAGGGAAGAAACUAGCCGUACCUGGAUUUUGACCGUAAGCUCAUGUGUACAGUUUAUGUACAAGUACACGCCCGUGUGUGAGCUCUGAGAGCAAGCGUUGGAUGCAGGGAGUGCUGUCUUGAUGCGGUAGCCCAGCCCGUGAUAAACCCGGAUAACGUGCCACGAAUAAUCCCCUUCACUCGAACUACAACCUGCUGUCACGACUUGAUAAUCUCCUCAAUCCGCUACCAGAUUGGAUUUGUGUUUUUUUUUAUAAGGACAUCAUCUCUAUCGUCUCCAUCAUCGACUAAUUUAAGAUGGCUGGGAUGUGUUACAACCUUGUUGAUGUUGCAUUUGCUUGCGUGUUGCUGCUCGGCUCCACUGUUGCGCAGGGAGCAGCCACAGAAGAGGGUGAUCUGCGACUUAUUGGAGGUACCCACGCUUUUCAAGGCUAUCUGCAGGUGCAUUCUGAGGGGAGCUGGGGCACCGUGUGCGGUGAUGAGCAGUGGGAUGAGAACGACGCACGAGUCGUUUGCAGACAAAUCGGCGCCUUUGGUGGUGUCAUGUCUCCGAACAGCACUCACAGUUUUAGCCAAGUCGACGGUAACAGCCCCGUGCACAUGGCAAUGGUCAAGUGCGACGGCACGGAAAAGAGGCUAGAUGGAUGUUCGUUUUCCAACGACACCUCGUCAUGUACGCAUGCGCUCGAUGUCAAGAUGGACUGCGUCAUUCCUGGCUAUAAAGCCUGUGUGACGAGCGAACCUGGCAACGGCGAGCCUCCCCUGUCUGGCCGGACCCAUACCGAGGAUGGUAUGAGCACCAGCAAGUGCGCCCGGCUUUGUCGCCAGGACGGGUAUCACUACGCAGGCGUGGACCCGGGCAACUGCCUGUGCGGCUCGGCGGGCGAUGACUUCCAGCGGUACGGAGUUGCGCCCAACACGGAGUGUAUGACCGAUUGUGGAGGCGAAGCAUCGCAGGCUUGCGGAGCUAAAGGGCACUUGGCUGUCCACGAGGUAAUUGUUGGAAGUUGCAGCGGGAGCUUGAAGGCACGUGAAGGGGUUAUCGCUUCCCCUGAAUUCCCGGACUCCUACCCACUGGAUGGCCGCACCUGCCAAUGGAUCGUCGACGUUUCGGAGAACGGUGACACUGCAGUACAGUUCCCUGUGUUCAAGGUUGCCGAUGGAGACGAGAUCCAAAUCUCUACCAACGGUGGGAAGAAUUGGACGGCGUUCAAGGGCAUGGACUACAACCAAGACAGUCCACCCUUUGUAGCUUCCUUCGAUGAGAACGAACUUAGAGUCAAAUUUGUCAUUACUGGGUCCCAGUCACGAGACAACCACGUAUCAUUCGUGCUGACGUUCCAAGACAACACAACAUGUGACGUCGUAGAGUUCGCAAAUGGCUAUCUAGACGUCGUUGAGGGCGUUGCCUACAGACCCGGCGACAAAGUAAAGGUUCUAUGUGAUUGGAUGUAUGUGACUGAGUGGACGUAUACCACGUGUAAUGAAGACGGAUUCUGGCGCAGACCACCAGAGUGUAAAGAAGCGCCACCUGUUGGUCCCUCCCUCGCCUUCACACAGACGUAUCUGUUCAUGAUGUUGGCAGUCAUGGGCGCCUUAGGACUGAUCUUCUUCAUGGUUAUCUGUGGAGUGCUUUGCGUUGGUCGGAAAAAGAAGAAAGAGGGAUAUACGGGUAUCUCUAGGCAGGAGUCAGCCGAGCCAACUAAGGCAGAGAAUGAGUAUCACAUUGACAUGCAUGAGGGCUCCGAUAUGGACAUGCAACAAGUGGACGGUCAAGAAGAGCAGGCUAUCCCUCUGGCAUCCGGUGCGAUGGACGAUUAGCUGUGAUGACGUCCAGGUACUAGAUCUCAUCACGCGGCGGCCACCUUGGCGUCCAAUUAGCGCACAUUUGCAUGGUUCAAAACGAGGCUUUCAUCCCAUCUUAGGCUUGUGUCAUUGAUCUCAUGAUCUGCACAGUAGCGCUAUGAGAGAAAGAUGGCCGCUGGGUGCGAGAACUUCAUCGGGUAAAUCGUCUUUCGGAUCAGCGCAAGAGGGGGCUAUGCUUAUCAGCAGUAUCAUAUAAUAAUAGGCUGCGUUUGAAUUAGUUGGCUACGGCUUGAAAUAACAGACAAGUCUAUGGGAAGCGGCUGCAGCCACCUCCAUAGGCACGUGUGUAAUCUCCAGGCGUAGCCAAGUCAUUCGGACACAGCCCUAGUUUUUCUAAUCAACAACAAUUAAUGAUCAUUCUUGGAAGGCCAUUUCUCAUGUCUUUAAUUUCAAAUGAAGUAAGAGAUAAAUAAUGCAUGGUUGCCGACAUGACACUGCUGUUGGACUUUUCAACCAUUAGCAAAUGUUACUUCUAUCCGAAUCAAUGACAAAUAAUGAAAACGUGAGACAAAAAGGACUCAAAUAAGCCCCAUCUUGUGCCGAUGGUAUAGAUCAGUGCUGCAGCGCCUUGUUAUUUCAAGAAGAAAAUGUAAAAUGUGUGGCCUCGCUAUUCCAGUUUUUGCUUUUAGAGUUUCCAAAGUAUAUUUCCUUCGCAGUCAUGUAUAUAGAUAAAUUCGAGCAACGUUCCUGUCCAUUAAUGUACAAGUGGUUGUGCUGUACGAGUGUUAUAUGAGACUUUUUGUCAAGUGGAGUAAUUUUACAAUGAAAAUUAAAAUACCAGAAAUUACUUUACUGGGCGCAAUCGAUAAACUAAUACUUCAUGUAAGUGCAUACACAGACAAUGCAUUUUGACACAAUUCUUUAGGGAAUUGUCUACUCUUAAGGCAAACACAUACAUCUACGUCAUGGUGAAUUAAAUAUAAGAACUGCAAAUAAUUUCUCAUGAGGUUCGAGAUUAUAUACACAAUUGCUAACAUCAACAGGAGAAGCGUCUUCUACAAGACUACAGAGUUAAUCAGAGUAACGGAAACGUCUUGUAACAAGACUGUUUCUCGUGAGAGUUGUGGUUGCAGUUGUCACUCAGUCCCAGAAAGUUAUAAACUUUUGACACAAGACUAUUCUUGAGACUUGUGGCCGCAGUCACUCAAAAAAUAAUUUCGUUCAGAUGCGUUUCUGAGCAUUAUAGGCCUAAUCAAACAUUUUUGGACAGUAUUUUUGUAGAAGAAAAACCAAAUUGGAUUUGAACCUUUUACAAAUUCAUUUCUUUAUUCUGAGGAAAUUGGACUCAAGAUGCAUUAUAGUUGAAGGUCAGCCGAAAAAAAUAGAAUAGUGCGCAUUGUGACAAAGAGAUUUUCCUGUAAGUGUACGCGUGUAUUUGUUUUUUUUUUAAUUCUGUGCAGUGUAGAAAAUGCUAUUCUAACAAUCGUGUUAAAAUGCUACACUCGUUAUGCAUGCUCGUAUGCAUUGCACCAGUAACAGUUUACACGCGUGAUGUUAAUAUUGUAAAUUACCUGUACCUUAAACAUUAUGAGGAAUGUAUUAAGACUGUUUUUUAUCGUCUGCAUUAUUUUUAUUACCCCUAAAAUUAAAAA